ACGUUCAGAUCAGUUCAGAAAUAGAAAAUAGUGUUGUUAAAAUGUUGAUAUUUCUCUUUAAAUAAGUAUAAAGUAAAGUUUUAAAAUAAAGUAAUUUCAAUGUAAAUAAGUAAAAGAUAGGUAAAUUUUGUUAAUAAUAUAUCUAAAUAGUCGAAAAGAUCUUUCUAGUCGAAGUGGAAAACAAUAUUACUCUCGCAUGUUUACGUUCGAAAUGAUUUACUCUGAAAUAAAGUUAGGUUAGGAGUAACAUUUUCCGCACAUUUUGACAUAAUUGCUGUAAUAGAAAAAUCACAAAAAUGAUUUUAAGUACUUGUCGUUCAAUAACGAGAGGAUAUGAGACGACAAUGAGAAAUAACCUUAUGAGGAAUUUUUCAAAAAUACCAAAUGAGAAUGACUUGCGAAGGAAAAACAUGAGGACCACCGCAUAUUAUAUGGCAUCAAUUGGAAUUACUUUUAUUGGUUUAUCCUAUGCUGCAGUUCCUUUGUAUAGAAUUUUCUGUCAGGCCUACAGUUAUGGUGGAACAGUUGGAGUCGUGGGUCAUGAUACAACAAAAAUAGAGACAUUGAAGCCACUCAAAGAUAGACUAUUAACGAUUCGUUUUAAUGCCGAUACUGCGGCAACAAUGCGUUGGAAUUUCAAACCCCAACAAAGUAGCCUAAAAGUAAUACCAGGAGAGACAGUUUUAGCAUUUUACACAGCCACAAAUCCAACUGAUCAACCAGUUACAGGCGUUUCCACAUACAAUGUCAUCCCAUUCGAGGCUGGUCAAUAUUUCAAUAAAAUUCAAUGUUUCUGCUUUGAAGAACAACAGUUAAAUCCACACGAGCAAGUUGAUAUGCCAGUAUUUUUCUACGUGGAUCCAGAAUUCGCUGACGAUCCCAGAAUGGAGCAUGUUCAUGAUAUAGUUCUAUCGUACACAUUCUUCGAAGCAAAAGAAGGUCUUAAACUUCCAAUUCCAAGUUAUGUAAAGAAGCAUCUUGAUAAUAAUUUAACUGGAGGUAAAUUGUUAGAAUCGUGAAAUUGUAAAUAUAUUUAAUAAUAAUUGUUAUUCGUAUUUAAGUUUAAAUAGAACUAUAAAAAAAUUUAA